AUGUUUCAUCAGAUCUUUAUUCAGAAAGAAGAUCGUAAUGCACAGCGUUUUUUGUGGCGAGGCUGCAAUGAGAAUAAAGAACCAGAUGUGUAUAUGAUGAACGUGUUGAUUUUUGGAGCAUCAUGCGCACCGUGUAUAUCACAAUACGUAAAAAAUCUACAUGCUUCCAAAUUUGAAAAUGAAUAUCCUGAAGCCGCUGUUGCCAUAAAAGACAAUCACUAUGUAGAUGAUUUUCUAGUUUUGACAGAUAGUGCAGAAGAAGACAGUAAAUUAGCUAAGGAGGUAAGAUUCAUUCAUAAUCAAGCUGGUUUUAACAUUAGAAAUUGGUGUUCAAAUAGCGAUAAUGUACUACAGGAGUUAAAAUCUAGUAAUUCGAAUAAUAAUAUUUGUUUAAAUAUAAGUGAUGGCAUAGAAACAGAAAAGGUCCUCGGAGUAUUUUGGAUUCCCGGUGACGAUGUUAUCACGUUUAAACUCUCGUUAUCAAUUUUAAAUAGUGAAAUUUUUCUUGGACAAAAAGAGCCAACAAAACGUGAAGUUUUAAAAAUUUUAAUGAAAAUGGAACUAAAGGAACACAAUCUAUUUAUAGAAAACGUAGAUACAAUCAUUAACAUUGAGCGCUUUUCACGCUGGUGUAGAGUUUUAAGAAGCACAGCAUUUGUAAUUGGUUUUUGUAAUCGCCUAAAAAUCAAAAAAGCAGCUGAAAGUGCAGAGUUAACUCAAGAUGAAUUAUUGAAAGCCGAAUUAGUUUUGUUGAAACAAGCUCAGCAACAAAAUGAUGGUGUACUUCGUGUAGCUGGACGUAUUGAAAAUGCAGACGUUCCUGAUGAAUUAAAACAUCCAGCAAUUUUACCAAAACAUUGUCGUAUUACAAAACUUCUAAUAUUGCACUACCAUAAUAUACAUCAUCAUAUUAAUCACGAGACUGUCGUGAAUGAACUACGACAGAGAUAUUAUAUUCCAAAGCUUAGAGUUGUGUGUAGAUGUGUUGUACGAGAAUGUCAGAUGUGCAAAGUUAUAAAUGUUUUGCCUGUGUUCCCUCAAAUGGCCAAAUUGCCCAGAGCUCGCCUUGCUGCUUUUCGGUCGCCUUUCACCUUUACGGGGUUGGAUUUUUUUGGCCCCUUGUAUGUUACAGUUAAUCGCCACAAGGAAAAAAGAUAUGGCGCCUUAUUCACAUGCCUGACAGUUAGAGCUGUCCAUAUUGAAAUUGUCCAUAGUCUUAACACAAGCUCAUGUAUUAUGGCAAUUCGUAAUUUCGUAGCACGUCGCGGACAACCAAGAGAAUUUUUCAGCGAUAAUGGAACGAAUUUCGUAGGGGCUGAACGCGAAUUAAUGGAAGCAAUAAAAGAGGUGAACAAAAAUGAAUUGGUUCGAAACUCGAGACCAUUAACUUACGUCCCAAUCGAAAGCGAAAAUGGAGAAGCAAUAACACCUAAUCAUUUUCUACUAGGUAGUUCAAAUGGAAUUAAGCCCCUUGCUACAUAUGAUGAUGACGGUAUUAUCUUGAGAGAAUUUUGGUUACGUUGUCAGCAAUAUGCAGAUAAAUUUUGGAAGCGUUGGGUAGCUGAAUAUUUGCCAACGUUAACGUGCAGAACGAAAUGGUUUGAAAAGGCUAAACCAUUAGCUGUUGGAGAAUUGGUGGUAGUGGUUGACCCUGCAAAUCCGAGAAAUGUGUGGCCUAAAGGGCGAGUCAUAGAAGUUUACAAGUCCGAAGAUGGCCAAGUACGUAAAGCGAAGGUUAUGACGACUGGUGGUAUUUUAGAUACCUGCAGCUAA